GCACCGCAGGCUGCAUCGCUGCGCGGGCCCUGUGGGAGGAUGAGGAAGUGAGCUGAGGGCUGAGCUGUACGUACCGUGUUAGAAAGCCUCUGGGCUGCAUCGCUGCUCCUGCCGGUGAUGCCAGGGCUCUGAGACAAGGCAGAGGAGCACAGCAAGCGUCCAGAGCUGGACUGCAGAAGGCCACCCUCACCCCAACGACACCACAAUGGGCAGCAAGUACCACUGGCAGAGUCAGAAUGUGAAGCAGAGCGGUGUGGAUGACAUGGUGCUGUUGUCCAAGAUCACAGAGGAUGCCAUUGUGGAGAAUCUGAAAAAGAGAUACAUGGAUGACUACAUCUUCACAUACAUUGGCCCUGUGCUCAUAUCAGUGAACCCUUUCAAGCAGAUGCCCUAUUUCACCGACAGAGAGAUUGAACUGUACCAGGGGGCGGCCCAGUAUGAAAACCCACCACACAUCUACGCGCUGACAGACAACAUGUAUAGGAAUAUGAUGAUAGAUGGCGAGAACCAGUGUGUCAUUAUCAGCGGGGAGAGCGGAGCUGGGAAGACAGUGGCUGCCAAGUACAUCAUGGGCUACAUCUCCAAAGUGUCUGGAGGGGGAUCGAAAGUACAGCAUGUAAAGGACAUCAUCCUGCAGUCCAACCCACUGCUGGAGGCCUUCGGGAAUGCCAAGACUGUCCGUAACAAUAACUCAAGCCGCUUUGGUAAAUACUUUGAGAUCCAAUUCAGUCGUGGAGGAGAACCAGAUGGGGGCAAGAUUUCAAACUUUCUACUUGAGAAGUCCAGGGUAGUGAGUCAGAAUGAGAAUGAGAGGAACUUCCACAUCUUCUAUCAGCUGUUGGAGGGAGCCUCUGCCCAACAGAAAGAAGCACUAGGGAUCAUGACCCCAGACUAUUUCUACUUCUUGAAUCAGUCUGGCACCUACAAAGUUGAUGGUACUAUAGACAGCAAGGACUUCCAGGAAACCAUGGAAGCCAUGCAUGUGAUUGGCAUUGCAGAGGCCGAUCAGACUCAGGUGUUACAGAUUGUGGCUGGAAUUUUGCACCUGGGCAACAUAAACUUUGUAGAGGCUGGGAAUUGUGGCCAGGUGGAGAGCACAGACUUGCUUGCCUUCCCGGCCUACUUGCUGGGCAUAAAUGCGAACCGUCUGCAGGAAAAGCUGACCAGCCGCAAGAUGGACUCCAAAUGGGGAGGGAAGUCCGAAUCCAUCAACGUGACGCUGAACAGGGAGCAGGCUUGCUACACCCGGGAUGCCCUUGCAAAGGCUCUCUAUGCACGCUUGUUUGAUUACCUGGUGGAGGCUAUUAACAAAGCCAUGCAGAAGCCAUAUGAAGAAUACAGCAUUGGAGUUCUAGAUAUCUAUGGGUUUGAAAUAUUCCAGAGGAACGGGUUCGAGCAGUUUUGUAUUAACUUUGUCAAUGAGAAGCUGCAGCAGAUCUUUAUCGAACUGACACUGAAAGCUGAACAGGAAGAGUAUGUACAAGAAGGCAUUAAGUGGACUCCCAUUGAGUACUUCAACAAUAAGGUGGUGUGUGACCUUAUAGAGAAUAAACUGAACCCACCAGGUAUCAUGAGCGUGUUGGAUGAUGUGUGUGCCACCAUGCAUGCUAAGGGUGAAGGGGCUGACGGCACACUGCUGCAGAAGCUGCAGGCAGCUGUGGGCACGCAUGAGCAUUUCAACAGCUGGAACUCAGGGUUUGUCGUCCACCAUUAUGCAGGCAAGGUAUCAUAUGACAUCAAUGGCUUCUGUGAGCGAAACCGUGAUGUCCUUUUUACGGACCUCAUUGAGCUGAUGCAAAGCAGUGAAUAUGAUUUCAUCUGCAGUCUCUUCCCCGAAAACCUAAACACUGAGAAGAAGGGACGACCCACCACUGCCAGCUCCAAGAUCAAGAAACAAGCCAAUGACCUGGUUAACACUCUGAUGAAGUGCACCCCGCACUAUAUCCGCUGCAUCAAGCCCAACGAGACCAAGAGGCCAAAGGACUGGGAAGAGAGCAGGGUGAGACACCAAGUGGAAUACCUGGGACUGCGGGAAAACAUCCGCGUAAGGAGGGCUGGAUUCGCCUACCGCCGUGUAUUCAAUAAAUUCCUGCAGAGGUAUGCAAUCCUGACAGCUGAGACAUGGCCAUACUGGCGUGGAGAGGAAAGGCAAGGUGUCCAGCACCUCCUGUGUUCUGUCAACAUGGAUACGGACCAGUACCAGAUGGGCCGCUCCAAAGUCUUUGUUAAGAACCCAGAAUCGCUCUUCUUACUGGAGGAGAUGAGAGAGCGGAAGUUUGACACAUUUGCCAGAACCAUCCAGAAGGCAUGGAGGAAGUACAUAGCUAGAAGGAAGUAUGAGCAAAUGAGAGAGGAGGCCUCGGACAUCCUGUACAACUACAAGGAGCGACGUAGAAACAGCAUCAACAGGAACUUCGUGGGAGAUUACCUGGGCAUGGAGGAGCGGCCUGAGCUUAGGCAGUUCCUGGCCAAGAGGGAGAGAGUUGACUUUGCUGAUUCAGUCAACAAGUUUGACCGCAGGUUUAAGUCAAUCAAAAGGGACCUGAUUCUGACACCCAAGGGGAUCUACUUGAUUGGUCGUGAGAAGGUGAAAAAGGGGCCCGAGAAGGGGCAGAUCAAGGAAGUACUCAAGCGAAAAAUGGAGAUUGGAAGCAUUCGCAGCAUAUCGCUCAGCACAAGGCAAGAUGACUUCUUCAUCUUGCAUGAGGCUCAGUAUGACAGUUUGCUGGAGUCCACCUUCAAAACAGAGUUCCUUAGCCUGUUAUGCAAGCGCUAUGAAGAGGUGACCAAAAGCAAGCUGUCACUCUCCUUCAGUGACCGACUGGAGUUCAAGGUGAAGAAGGAGGGCUGGGGUGGUGGCAGCUCUCGCAUCGUUGUCUUUCAGCGGGGACAGGGAGACCUAGCCCAGUUAAAGCCCGGAGGGAAGACACUCACUGUCAGCGUUGGAGAUGGUCUCCCUAAGACAUCCAAACCCACCAAAAAGAAUGUGCUUCAGAGCGGAGGAAGAAGAGCCCCGGCCCCAAGCAAAGGACACCAGAAUGGUAGGGCUCAGUUUUCCCAGAGAAAUGUCAGCCACCCACCGCAGAGGGAACAGACAUACUCCGCACCUCAGAAGAUGGGCCGGCCCCCAAGCUCUGGGCCCCCAAAAUUAGGGUCCUUAAAGACUCGACAGAAUCCCAGCCAAAUGCAGCCAAGAAACCUGGACUUCCUCAACGUGCCUGACCAGGGUGUGGCUGGAAUGCAAAGAAAAAAGAGUAUUAGUCAGGCACGUCCACCUCCUGCUCCCUCAAGUCGGCCCCAGCCUCAACCUCGUCCUCAGGGCCCCCGCUGCAGGGCCCUCUACCAAUACGUGGGCCAGGAUGUCGAUGAGUUAAGCUUCGAUGUCAAUGACAUAAUUGAUCUACUCAGGGAAGACCCAUCCGGCUGGUGGACAGGAAGGUUCCGAGGCAAGGAAGGCCUAUUUCCUGGGAACUAUGUGGAGAAGAUCUGACGAUACCGUACCACCUCACUGCCUGUAUUUCACAGGCUUCUGUGCACUGAAAAUACACAGUAUUGUCCUUACAUUCAAAUGAAAAUGCAAGAAACUAUGAGCAAAAACUUGAACCACAAAUUCAGGUAUUUCAUGUGCUAAAUUAAAAGAAAUACAAAAGAACUGUAAAUUGAUUACUUUUGCACUCACUGAGUUAGCUUUUUAAUGCACAUUUAAUGCAUGUUUACUUAUUAGAUAUAGGUUUUGAGAAAGGUUUCACAAAAGGGUUAAUUAACAUUUUUCCAGUGUGAUGAGAUCCCACUGAGUAGUUUGUGUGAAGCUCAGGAUUUAUAGUUGUCAUGGUGUUGUGCUCUAUACUUUGUUUUGGAGCACAUAUGCUGCAGGCAGACAGCUAUGAGAUACUCUACCACUGUCCUGCCGGAGAGCCAGGACACACCCAACUGUGUGCUCCUCAGCUGUGCUGUGUGUUAGGAUAAGUAUGUAGGGCCUUUUGUGAAGGGCCUGCCCUUCCAAGAUAUUGUACAUAAAUGCAAGAGUUUGUUUGAAACUGGGAGUGAUUAAUGGAAAUUUUACUUUUACAUCUUUGUUAACUUCUGUCUGUACUGAUUAGUGGUUUCUUUAAAUCAAACAGUGAUUUCUUGUAAUUGUUUCGUACUUUUUAAAAUGCAUUUUAAACCAUAGAAAUGGGAGCCUCAGAUAUACUGUAUAUAAACCAGACACCAGAUUUUGAAUAUUACACACUGAGCAGAAUGGCAUAUUUAAUGUGCAUUACAUGUAAUUCAAUAAAUUAUGUAAUGGCUUGAUUGUAUAAACAAAAGUGCAAGAGUGGAAUCAAAAAAAGGUAAACAAUAGUAUUUUGAAUCACUUAUUUUGAGAACUUGAUAAUAAAAUACACACACACAUGCACAUUUUCAGAACCGCUUGUCCCAGACGGGGUUGCGGGGAACC